AUGUAUAAACCUGUCCUGGGACAAUCCCCAGCAUCAUUUAUCUCAAGCGGCUGUCCUUUGGGGUAUAAAAGGCCGAAACAGACCGAAGCGCGCUUCAAUACUGGGCCUUGCACGGGUUGCGUGCAUGAAGCUGAUAAGGUCUGGGGUAUCGCUGGGGUCCCCGGAAUGAAACGUCAGCGAAAAGCUCGUCUCGCCCCAUCCGCGCAUCCUUGGCCACAAAUGAACCUGGUUCUCCCCACCGUGAGGGCCAAACGCCAUCACGAGGCAGGCAACAACGCCGUGGUAACUGCAGAGAGUGGUUCGGCAGCAGGAUGUGAUGGACGGAGAUCAACAAGCAGCAGCUCUUCUGGAUGGAUAUAA